AUCGCGGCGGCGCGCAGUUGCUAAGAAACCUAGUAGAGGUAGUUUAGUUCGAAGAGUUCGGACACCUGCUGGAAUCUACGACGAUUUUUGACGGAAUUUUCGGCGGAACUUUUGUGCGCGUUAAGUGGGCUCACAAUAGGUGCGAUUGGACGUGCGCGCGCGCAACAUUUGUGACAGACAGGCGAUCGGGAGGAGCUUCCGCCAGCGAGGGGGACACUUCCGGGAGUUUGGGGCGAACGGUCGGCUGGCGAUCGGAGCAGGAUCGUGUCCGCGGAAUCACGGCGCAGCGCAGUGCGUACACGAUCGCGCAAAGUGUGUUGUGCAGCACCGAAGAGUGUGUGAGAGAGAGAGAGCGAGAGAGCGAUCGACGGUGGUGGGAGAGUGCAAAGUGUUGUGAGGGGGAGAGGAAGAACAAGGAAGAAGCAUCUAGCGGGAGAGUUGCGUGCGUGUGAGAGAGAAAGAGAAAGAGAGGUUUCAAUCCCCCAACUUGAACUAGGCUUAGUAGCAGGACAAAGAGGGAACCUGCUUGACCCACCACCACCACCCGGCUUCCUCGACGCCAAUUAGUAUGCAAGUGCUGGAAUUAAUAGUAGCAAGCAAUUGAGGAGAAGGAAGAAGGAAAAUAGUAACAGUAGCAACAGCCGAGUUACUAACUAGUGGGAGGAGAAGAUAAAUGAUGAAUGAAUAGCUGAGUGACGAAAAUAAUUACUGAUUCGCUGUGGCAUGUAGUUGAUUUUGAUUAGUGUGUGUGUGUGAAAUGUGACUAGUUUUAGUGUAGCGUGUGAAGGAAAGAAAAAUACUCAAUACUUUAACAAAAAAAAUAAGCAAAAUCCUCCAACGAAUUCCGUCCAUUUUAAGUGCCAUAGCAAAAGUUUAAGAGUGUCGCCAUAUUUUAUUGUUUUAUGUUGUUUUAAGUGUACAAAAAAAGUGAGUGUGAAAUUUUUAAGCGUUUAAGUUCAUUUUAAGCAAGCAAAACAAAAAGAAGCAAAAAGCCAUUCAACAUAAAAGUUGCUUCACAAGAGAGGGAGAGAGAGCGAGCAAAUACUGUGAUGAAAACAAGAUAAAAUAAAGCUGAUAACAAUUUCGCGUGAGAGAUUGAGAGUGUGUCCACUUUCGGAGGGGCCGAUGACAGUUUUAUGCGAAAGGCAGAUAAAGUGAACGCGACAACGAAGAAGCAGAAGAAGAAGAAUGGUUUCUGCGGCUGACAGAAGCUGAAACAAGCAAAAAAAAAACUUAAAAAGAUUAUGUGAACGUGCAAUCAACGAUGUAUUAACCAACUCCGUCCAGAACAAACCUAGAAUGUGAUAACCGAGUUUUCCGAGCCGCCAAUACUCAACAACAGUGCUUCCAGUACGCGCAGUAUUAGACUUUAAUGUGUUAGAUUUUUUAUUACAUAUAUUCUUCCAUAAGAGUGCAAUCGAAUCUCUCGAAGAGAGAAACAAAAAUCCCCUCAAAAGCAAAAAUGUCUUCCUCCCCUGAUAUGCACCAACAGCAGCAACUAGCUCAAAGUGAGCUCAAAUCGAACCCUCCAACUCCCCCGCCAGAACUGGCCACCAUGACGAACGUCAGCGUGCUAGACCUGCACAAGGACUACCCGGACGCUGGCGGCGAUGUCGGUGGCGGUCACCAGACGAAGGUCUACGACAAAGAAACCGGCACGGUCUACGUGUACGGCAAUCCAGGCGCUGGCCUCAAACUCAAUCCGUCCGGGAUGACCACGAUCAUCCAAACCGGCGGCGGCCACCAGCUGGCAUCCCCCGGUCACGAAACGGAGCAAAAUCUGCUCCACGCACGGUUGAUCCAAGAACAGCACCAACAACAACAACACCACCAGCACCACCACCAUCAACAGCAGCAGCAGCAUCACAUUCAGCAGCAACAUCACGAUCAACACGAGGAUCAACACGUGCAGCAGCGUCUCUCGCCGGGGGAUCAGGUAAUUGACGGAAGAUUGAUACCGUCCGGACUGAAUGGCGGUGGUGAUGUUCAGCAGCAGCAGCAGCACCACCAUCAGCAGCAACAUCAGUCACUGGGACGGCUGUCCUCGGCGGACGAGGACGAUCAAUCAGUGCGUAUGCUGGACAACGCACACAUCCAGCGUCUGCUCGGCAACCAGCAGAUCAUCAGCCGCGAGAUUAUUAACGGUGAGCACCACAUCAUCACGCGCAACGAGAACGGCGAAACGAUCCUGACUCGCAUCGUGAACGCCCCGGCCGCACCGGACCCCAACCCGGCCGAUCAAUUAAUCAGCAAGCUCCCGUCGGACGGCGGCCUGUACGGUGCUGGUGACCACCAGGCCCCUCCCACCCCGACGACCACCACCGCCGACGGGUUGCCCACGACCGUGCUCCAGUACGAGAAGGACAUCAAUCAGCAGCCCAAACAGCUCGUCUAUUCCGUCGGAGGGGGUGAGCCUAAAAACGUCAUUUACGGUGACCCGAAGGCUUCGAUGCCGCAGCAACAGCAGCAGCAGCACUUUGAACCGACCUUAAGUCAGCAGGAUCCGUCCGGGGCUGACCCGAAGCCGCAGAUUGAUUACGUGUACAACGAUGGCAACAAAACGGUCAUCUACACCGACCAGAAAGGCCUGGAGAGUUUGUACGCCAAUGCGGCCGCUGGCGGGGAUUUGGGCCUGAUGGAGGGAACGCAGAUUGUGGUCCACGGAAAUGUGCAGUACACUCAACAGCAGCAGCCGGAUGGAACGAUGGUGUAUGUGGUGGCGUCGACGGGAGCGGGAGCGGGUUCGGUUGGAGGGGACAUGAAUCCGGAUGAUCUUGGCGCGGCGCAGCAGAUUCAGCAAAGCAGCAACCCCACCGCAAAAACCAUCGGCGGCCAAACCACGCCUCUGGACGUAUCAAGCCUAUCGCAAAAUGAUAUACAAGGCAUUCUGCUUGGUGCACACCCAUCAUCGCAGACGAUAAAUGUCAAACGCGAGCCCGAAGAUCUACGCAAGGAGCCGAAAAACCAACGAAGUCAAAAGGUGUUGGUCGUCCAGCCCACAUCGCCCUCGGUACAGAUUAAAGAGCCUCCACCCAGCCCUGGAAGUCCUUCGGCUGAAGCCAUGUAUGCUGCCCCCGGCAGCACGCAGCUCUACCUGCAGAAUCCCUCACAUCAGACCAGUUCGGCCGCGACGGCCAGCUCCAAUGUGAACGCCAAUUCGCCCAGCCCCAGCUCCUACGACCAGUACGGGAUGUACCAGCAGAGAUUAGGACCGGGCGGUGCGGCCUUCAUCGCCGACCAGUACCCGUACCGCGAGUACUUUGACCCGCAGGGCUACGCCCCGGCACGUACCAUUUACGGUACGGCGGACCCGGACGGGCCGCAAUCCGCCACCACGUACGAGGGGCGCUACGUCUCGAAAACGGGGUCGAUCUAUACGAAAACCAUCACCUCCGCCGGCCUCACAGUGGACCUUCCCAGUCCUGAUUCGGGUAUUGGUGCCGAUGCUAUUACUCCCAGAGAUCAGAAUAAUGUACAACCGUCCUUCGAUUAUACAGAACUGUGCCAGGCCCCGGCCGGUUUGCUGGAUCCGAACUCGAGCGCCAUUCCGGCGUCGGUCGCCAGCAUGCAGCGAAGCAUGGUCGUCAACGGGGGCCAGAACAGUCCGACGACCUCGAUCGGCAGCGGUGCGACGGCCCCGCCCCGGUCCCGACCGUGGCACGACUUCGGCCGGCAGAACGACGCCGACAAAGUGCAAAUACCAAAAAUAUUCUCCAACGUUGGCUUCAAGUACUUUUUGGAAAGUCCGAUCAGCUCGUCCCAGCGGCGGGAGGACGACCGGAUAACGUACAUCAACAAGGGCCAGUUCUACGGCAUCACCCUCGAGUACAUCCACGACCCGGACAAGCCGCUCAAGAGUCAGACGGUGAAGAGCGUCAUCAUGCUAAUGUUCCGCGAAGAAAAGAGCCCCGAGGACGAAAUCAAGGCCUGGCAGUUUUGGCACAGCCGGCAACACUCGGUCAAGCAGCGGAUACUGGACGCCGACACGAAAAACUCCGUCGGUCUAGUCGGUUGCAUCGAGGAAGUUUCUCACAACGCCAUCGCCGUGUACUGGAACCCGUUGGAAAGUUCCGCCAAGAUAAACGUCGCCGUCCAAUGUUUGAGUACGGAUUUCAGCAGUCAAAAAGGUGUUAAGGGUCUUCCGCUCCACCUGCAGAUCGACACGUUCGAGGAUCCGCGGGACACCAGCGUGUGCCAUCGGGGUUACUGUCAAAUCAAAGUCUUUUGUGAUAAGGGUGCUGAACGCAAGACACGCGACGAGGAGCGGCGGGCCGCGAAGCGCAAGAUGACCGCCACCGGCCGGAAAAAGCUCGACGAGCUGUACCACCCGGUCGUGGACCGGUCCGAGUUCUACCAGAUGAGCGACCUGAUGAAGCCGCCGGUGCUGUUCUCCCCGUCCGAGGACAUCGAGAAGGUGAGUGCUUUGCCGUCGCCAAGACACUUCCGUCGAAAUCGCUACAAUGUUGACUUCUUUCUCCAGCUUACUUCAAUGGACCUGCAGUUUUACGGCCACGACGGCGACUCGCUGUCCGGCGCGUCCGACAACGUCAAGUCGCCGUUCCUGCUGCACGCCAACAAGCCCACGACGCCCACCCUCAAGUUCCACAACCACUUCCCGCCGGACGUUAACACUGAUAAGAAGGAUCCCAGCAUCAUCAUGGACGGCUCCCUGGUCGGGAACAUGUCCGAGUUUGGGCCGCAGAUCAAGCGCCAGCGGAUGACGCCCCCGUUGAACGAGCGCGUCAUGCUGUACGUCCGGCAGGACAACGAGGACAUCUACACCCCGCUGCACGUGGUUCCACCGACGACGGUUGGACUUUUGAACGCCAUUGAGAAUAAAUUCAAAAUUUCAACGUCGAGAAUUAAUAAUAUUUAUCGCAAAAAUAAGAAAGGGAUUACGGCGAGAAUUGAUGACGACAUGAUCAGACACUACUGCAACGAGGACAUCUUCAUCAUCGAGGUCCGACAGUACGAGGAGGAUCUGUACGACAUCACGCUCACCGAGCUACCGUCGCACUGAGUCCCCUCUUCCGAGCAUAGAUUUUCGUUUUUAAGGUUACACACCCAGCUCACACACAGAAACACACACACACAAUCACACACACACAAUCACACACAUUUUUCUUACGCACAUUUUUAAGAGUAGCCUAAGCAGAUAUUUUUACACUUUUGCUCGACAGUGCCUUAAAAGAGACAUUUUAAACGUUUUGUUUUUAAUUUUGUGUAUAAAGUAAAGCUUAAACAAUUGUUGAUAUAGCGAAAAGAGCGAGCGAGGAGAUCAAGUAAACGUACUACUCAAACUAGCGGCAGAAAGAUAGGAAGAGAGUAGCCAAGAUGAAUAGCAUGCAACGGUUAAGAUAUUACAAGAUUUUAGUUUAGAUUGGUUAGAUUUAUUUAUUUAUUUGUAGACCCACGAGAACACACAAAACAAACAGAAAGACAGAUUAAAUAACCUUUUUUCAAAACUCCUCCGCGUCGGCAAGAGAUUCAUUGGUUUUGCAAACUAGGUGGAAAUGGGAGUUUUUUUUCAUGACUCUCGGCACUCUCGACAGCAUUUAUGUAUUGAAACGUUCAAUCGACAAAGCACGCUGGAAUUCCACAUCAAGAUCUCAAAACGUAUUUCUGUAUUCUGGCGCCAAGAUUUCAAAUUAUUCAACCGCACCGCAAAGCUUGGGCGCAGAAUUCGUAUUUUGCUCAACUAUUGGGACGGCGGCCGGGCCUGCUUUGUUGAAGAUUUCAUGCCAUUCGAAGUUUUUAAAUUUGAAUCUUAGUAAACUUUCUUUUACCUUGAUUUUAAACAGCUGAAAAUGUGUACUUAACAUUUGAUUCAAAAUCAUUCCACGGACAAACGUACUUAAAACAAGCGCAAAUAGAACGCUACAAGAUUAAAACAAAAGAAAAAAAAACAUUUUGUACAACAAAAUAGUUUUAAUAGCUGUUAGCGAUCAUCCAACGGUUGCAAUAUUAACAAUAACGACGAAACGUAACAAUAGUCUAAGUGAAGUAACUUUUAAAGCCCCUCCCCCCUUAGAACCGUAAGCUUGAAACUCAUUUUACAAUUCCAUGACAACAUUUUUUAACAACUACAUUCCAUUUUAAUGCUACUUGUAUCAAACUUAAAACACAAAAGCCCACAUAAAUCGUACUGUUUAUCGUAAACAAAAAAAUAAAUAACAAUUGAAGAGCGCAUAUUUUUUAGUUGUUUAGUUGUGCUUACUUUUAAGAGUACCCUUUUUUAUAAAACUGCCAUACUUGAGAAUACAAAUAGCACACUAAGAAAAGAGAAGCGUUUAUUUGAUAGUAACUUAGUAGAAAGUUAAAGAGAGUUAAAAAAGUGCGACAAGCAAACAAACAACACUAAUUGUUAAGUACCUGAGAGAUUUAAAGUGAAUCGCAAGCUAGAAAACAAGAAAAAAGACGAGAAAACCGCAAAUAUUUUAAGCGCGAGCACAUUGAUUUGCACAAGUGACACAGAGAAUGUGAUAUGAUCAGAAGAAUCCACAUCUUGCCAGCACCGAUCUGGUUUUGAUCGGCGAAAUUUAACAUCCAAACGAUCACGUUCGUUCACGAACUGAUUUUUCUCACUUUGAAUUGCCAUAUUAUGACUUUUCUCUUCUCCCGUUUAUUAAGUGGCCAAAAUGUCGUGCUUUGAAGAAGAAAAAAAAACCCUGCAGUUUUAAUUAGUCGAUGAGUGGAACAACUUUAGCGUUUAGAGAGUUUAUAGUUUUUUUUUUUAAAGGAGCGCAAAACAACGCGUUCCACAAGUAAUUGCAAUAUUAAUUUUACUAGAACCGUGUUUCGUAUUCUGUAGCAGCAAACGAGCGAAACACGCAAACAAACACACACACUCUUAAAUCAUCACACAAGCUAGAAAUAGAGCGAGAGGAAGCAUAUUUAACUUUACAUUUAAAGAAACAAAACUCGAACGUGAAUUUUUACAAACUGCUUCGCGAAGAGAGCACAAACUUUCCUCUAGGUAGCACAAACACUUUGAUGAACUUUCCUUCUUUCGGUGGUGGAUGACGAACGCGCAACAGCUCUAGAUAGCAACAAGCAACCCUCUUCUUUAUUCUUCCCGUAUCUCUUAAUUUUGUUUUGUUUUAAUUCUCUUCGUAAUUUUAGCCCUAUUCUCAGUAGUUUACAUGUAAUAGCAAGCAGCAGCAGCAGUUUAUGCAUUAAUCACGUAGUAGAACAAAAAACACUAUUUUGCCAUUUUAACUAAAACAAAAAAAGAAGAAGUCGAAAAAUAGCGCGCAAGUUUGGACGGAUAAAACAUGAUGUGACUAACAUGUAGCCUGUAAGAGAUAUUUUAAAACAAA